AUGGAAUCCUGGCUGGAUAUUCAGAAGCAGAACCGUACCCUGCAAAUCCUCCGCUCAGCGACUGAAGGCAAGUAUGGAGUCUUGGCCAUAAUUUGUUACAAUAUCGAGCACCUGACAGCGCUUGUCCGCGCUGCCGAGGCCAAGAGGUCACCUCUCAUCCUUCAACUCUUCCCCUCAACCGUCAGCCAGUUGCCGACUCUAGCAUGGGCAGCAGCGGCAGCGGUCAAGUCAGCAAGUGUUCCGCUUUCGUUGCAUCUGGACCAUGCACAAGAUGAAGCUCAAAUCCGAGCGAUUGCUGCAGCCUUGUCAUUUGACUCUAUUAUGGUGGACAUGAGUCAUUAUGAUCAUCAUGAGAACUUGGAAAAGACAAAAGUCUUGACGAGGGUUUGUCAUGACCGUGGCAUUGCCGUCGAGGCUGAGAGCGGGCGCAUUAAUGGAGGAGAAGAGGGCAUUGCAGACACGGGAUCUCUAGAAGCACUCUUUACUACGCCGGAGGAGGUCGAGGACUUUCUCGCUGCUGAGAUUGACCUUCUUGCACCGAGCAUAGGAAACAUCCACGGCGACUAUGGUCCAGCUGGGCCCCAACUCGACUUUGACCGACUGUCCAGGGUCAACAGUCAGAUAAAUGGCAGAGUGGUGAUGGCGCUCCACGGCACAAACGACUUUGCGCCCGAGAUUAUGCAGCGCUGUAUUCAGCACGGGGCGGUCAAGCUGAACAUCAAUAAGCUCAUUCUGGAUAGUUGGAAUGUCUAUGUCAGAGAACAUGCUCAGGAUCCACUGAUGCAGCUUAUGGAUGGUGGUAUGGACGCGCUUCAGGCCGAGGUUGAGCGAUGGAUGGAUAUCUGCGGAAGUAGUGGGAAGGCGUAG